GCAACGCCAUCUAAAAGCAAAAACAAAAGCCAGCGUAUCUUACCAUAUUCUGUUGUGUUUGCGAACUACUACUUUUUCUUCAUACCUCUCGAAAUGCCCCGCGAAACCGGACGCCGUCGCCGCAACGCUGACGAUGAUGAAAGCAGCGGCGAGGACGAGCAGCAGCAGACGACCACCACCAACACACAGGCGACCGGCGCCACUGCCCCUGAGGUCCCCGUCGCUCCUACCCGCGCUCGUGCGAAGGCACCGCCGGCGGCUCUGGUGAAGCCGCCGACACACGCCGACCCCGCUGCUGCUGCUGCAAGCAACAGCAAUAACACCAACAGCGUCACUGCCCCCGCGCCGGUGGCUGCGCAGGAGGGCGAGGAGCAGGAGGGCGCGGGAGCGGCGAAGGCCACAGACGCUGCAACAGCGGCAGCGGCGGCCGCACACGCCUCAGCCCUCGCCCCCAACGGGAAGGACCUGGCCAAUCUGCAGGAGACAAUCGACUACGACGCGCUGACCUACACCGCCCUGCUCGCCCUCAUGAAGCAAGUGAGUCGUCCCGUGCUGGAGGAGUUGAUGGCGCAGCGGGAGCAGCAGAUAGAGAGCACCAUGCAGCAGCAGCAGGGGCAGCGUGUGGAGCGCUUCUUGGACCUGGCAGCGAGCCCAUCUGCGGAUGCCACCGCCGCCGCGGCAGCAGGGGCGAACUCUAGCGACGCCGACCCCGUCGAGGGCUAUCGCUACAAUGCGAUGCUGACGCGGCUCUUCGAGGCGCUGAACCGCAACAACGAGAGCAGCGCCAUGACGGAGCGCAACCAGGUCCCGGUGCCGAUCCUGGAGCGCAUGGGCAAGAAGAAGACGGUGAUUGCAAACUUCGGCCGCAUCUGCGAGGCCUUCCACCGGCCCAUGGAGGACGUGAAGGACUUUAUCGAGAAGGAGCUCUCCAUUCGCGGCAACCUCGACAGCAACAACGCCCUCAUUUUGAAGUUUGAGAUCCGCAAGCAGACAGACUUUGAUCGGGUGUUGAUCAAGUAUCUGGACGAGUAUGUGAAGUGCAACUCGUGCCAUCGCAUUGACACCACGCUGACGAAGGACGGUCGCCGGUUGGAGCUGCGCUGUAACGUGUGCACGGCGACGCGCACGGUGACGGCGGCAGGCUCGGCCACCUUCAGCGCGCAGAUCGAGAAGCGCUCCCGCCAGCGUGCGGCCAUGACGCUGUAA